UAGAGAGGCAGCGCAGCCCCGCAGUGUAUGCGGGACAUUGUCUUCACAGUGCGGCUGUUUUCAGAAGAUCUGUGCGGCCUCAGCAGCCAGGGACAGCCAGGAUCUCUGCAGUAGGCUACUCCUGUGAAAACACCCGUUCAUUCUGCUGGCUGGCGCUGAGGUCUGUGCGCUCUGCGGCUGCUGCCAUCAUCCAUGUACUGUCAAUGUGGAUAGUGGCUUAUUUACUGUGCAUCAUCUGACUGGAGAAGACAUCUGACUGGUACCAUGAGCAGCACUGUGUUUCAGCAGCAGGCGGUCCACAGCCCUCUGGAGCAGCAGAAGCAGAGGCAGAAGCAGAAGCAGGGUGGAGGGGGACCCAUCCCCUGUCAGAACUGUGGGCUGCCCUGCAAAGGAGAGGCCCUCCGAGUUCAGAACAAACACUUCCACAUCAAGUGCUUCGUCUGUAAAGUGUGUGGUUGUGAACUGGCCCAGGGAGGCUUCUUCGUGCGGCAGGGUGAAUACAUCUGUACUCUGGACUACCAGCGACUGUACGGGACUCGUUGCUUCAGCUGCCAGGACUUCAUUGAAGGGGAAGUGGUGUCCGCCUUGGGCAAGACCUACCACCCCCGCUGCUUCGUCUGCGCCUCCUGCAAACAGCCAUUCCCGGCUGGCGACCGAGUGACAUUUAACGGGAAGGAGUGUAUCUGCCAAAAGUGUACCCAGCCUUUGCCUGCCAACAGCCCUGCACCCAUACAGGCUGUCCACAAUUGCUGCGGCUGUGGGAAGGAGUUUAAGAAUGAACAGUCUCUUGUAGCACUGGACAAGCACUGGCACCUGGGAUGCUUCAAGUGUAAAGUCUGCAACAAGGUGCUCAAUGCCGAGUACAUCAGCAAGGAGGGGAUCCCUUACUGUGAGAUGGACUACCACGCCAUGUUCGGCAUCCAGUGCGAGAGCUGCAAGAAGUACAUCACUGGGAAAGUCCUGGAGGCUGGAGAGAAGCAUUACCACCCCACAUGUGCCCGCUGUGCCCGCUGUGAGCAGAUGUUUGCAGAGGGAGAAGAAAUGUACCUGCAAGGAUCUUCUAUCUGGCAUCCUCCGUGCAGACAAGCAGCCAAGCAGGAGGAGAAGAGUAAGAAGCAGGUCCGGAUACAGCUCAGUGACGUCCCUGAGCAACAGGUGACCCGGACUUCUUCUGAGAGCAUCACCUCUGUCCCAGCAUCCAGCGCCUCCGGCUCUCCAAGCAGAGUCAUCUAUGCCAAAUUAGGAGAGGAGAUGCUGGACUACAAGGACCUGGCAGCUCUUCCAAAGACCAAGGCCAUCUAUAACAUCGACAGGCCUGACAUGCUGUCCUACUCUCCAUACGUCAGCUACCCAUCUGAGGAGAGGCACUACGGAGAGUCCCCCCAGCUGCUUUCUCCUACUCCUACUGAGGGUGAUGGGGAGAAGUCACCCCGUCAGAGAAGGCCCUCCAGUCCCAGCUCCAACAGCUCCCUGGGGGGCCAUGGACGUUAUACCCCAUCCCGCUCCCCUCAAAAUUACAGCCGAGCAGGGCCAGAGUUAUACCUUGGCGAUAGAUACAGCAGCCAGGCCCGUGACUCCAGUUCUCUUCCUUUGCCCCCAGCCCUCAUGGGUGGCAUUAAGUACCCUUUCAACUGGGCCAGGGACUCAUCCUCCCUCCCUGUUCACUAUUCUGGUGGGACCGAAGGGAGUGGAGGUGGUGGUGGCGGCAAGUACUCACCCACACCAGCAGGUGGCAGUGCAGGCUUGUCUUUACACCUAAACCCCACCACCCUGGCCAUGCUGAAGCAGCACAACUACAUCCCUUACUUCAGAGGUAGUGAAAGUGGUCGAAGUACCCCCAGCUUAUCCACCUAUUCUGAUGGCAAAUCCCCCUCAUCUACCUCUACAUACGUGGCUGCUCCCCGGCAUUUCCACAUACCAGUGAAUUGGAACUCUGUCCUUCCAGAGACUAUGGUCAAAGAUAAUAUCUAUAGAAAACCCCCCAUCUACAAGCAGCAUGCUUCUAGAACCUCCUGGCAGGAUGGGGAGGAUAGUAAGAGGACCAGUUGGAUGAUCUUGAAGAGUGAGAUUGAAGGACAUAUGGGUCCAGAAGACCUGGACCCUCGCAAGUCCACCUGUAGUCUGCCCACUGACACCUCCCAGCCAAAUUUCCCCUACAAUAAGUCUGCAUCUUUACCCGGAUAUGGAAGGAAUGGCAUCUACAAGGCUGCAGAGAUGGUGGAGGAUGAAGUGGACCCAGACUCCCAGAGCUGGGGAGGAAUGAGAGAGUACAAGGUCUACCCUUAUGAAAUGCUGGCAGUGACACAUAGAGUGAAAGUGAAGCUUCCCAGAGAUGUAGAUCGCACCAGACUGGAGAGACACCUAUCUCCUGAGGACUUCCAGAUGGUUUUCGGGAUGACCCUGGAGCAGUUCGAUCGCCUGGCCCUCUGGAAGAGGAAUGACAUGAAGAAGAGGGCACACCUUUUUUAGACAGACAAGAAAAGCGCCAAGUAACAUCUCAACAACCGACCAUCCUGUCUGGAAGAAAGCAGAAAAGAAAAACCAACCCAUUUGAAAUCUCUAUAUAUGCACCGCCAUGAUACCCCCUACUUUCCACCUGUACAACGCCAUGCCAUCUGCCUGCGAUGCCACGGAGAGGCGCUCCGUGCAGGAACAUUCUCACCUUGAGGCAGCGUCUAGAGCUUUUUGUAUGCUAUGUGGUCCAAAUGUUUGACUGACAACCUUACAUAAGAGGAUGAGGAGCUGCGUUUGCAUGGCCUGUGUUGAUGCUCCUCGCCUUCCAUGUGGUUUUCUGACACCCAUCCCAACGCCUUCAUACACCCUGGCAAAUAUAACACAUUUUUCAUCCGCAGCGAGUUUCUUUUAUUCAUUUCAUCUGUUUGCUGCUCUGCCUUUUCUCUCUCACUGUCUCCGCAUCAUUUGAAGUUGUUCUCCCUGCACCGACUGUUACAUUGUCAAGCCGGUUCAUUUUUACCAUUGCUUUACAAACGUGAAGAGACUGCAGACUUGUACGCACUUCACUGUUCAAGCAUGUCAAGGCAAAAGACAGGGAUAAGAAACAACUUCAUCUUCUCUGAUCUCUCCCCUCAGAACCGGUCAAAAAGCACCUUAUCAAACGCUUUUGUUUUCCAUUUCCCUUCAUGUUCAGUCAGAGAAGUUGCGAAAGACCGGCCAGGUAGUUUUGAUAAAUGUGACCUGAUACUUUUGAAUGCAGUCACAUAUCUUACACAAGCCUCUCGUAAAUCAGCACAGACAGGGAGAGCCAGGGCUGGAUGAGGGC